AUGGCAAGUGCAAACGAUCAUAAUAACCAACAAAGAGGUGGAAAAAAAUCUUCACUUGGUGCACCAUUUGCUAUACAAAUUCCAUCGUCACUUCAAGAUCCAAAAGACAAUGUUGUUUCAUGCGAACAAUUUGAAUGCUUGAAAAAUGAUGAUAAUGCACGUGACGUUGCUCUUAAUCAUAUCCACAAUCACGAACACUUUGCAACUGUAUGGAACUCAACAAAAACUCGUCCAAAUACACGACGUUUAAUGCGUAAAGUUGUACAAAUGCAAACAAUCAAUGCUACAUACAAUCGAUUCUUUCGACUUCCUGAUGGUACGAAAAUAGAUUUAAACGAAAAUAAAUUGACAUAUGCUGCUGAGAAUACUCAACAAUAUGGUAAUGAUUACGAAUAUGAUACAGUUUUUCAACAAAAAACGUAUGAACAAUGUUCUCAAGUGUUUGUUGUUAAUGGUGAUUGUCUUGAUGUUGCCAUGUGUUUCAAAAUGAUAUAUCCAAACUCGAAUUCUGUUGUAUUAAAUAUGGCUUCAUCUAGGCAUCCUGGUGGUGGUUGGAAAAACGGCGCUGGUGCACAAGAAGAAAAUCUUCAUCGUCGUACAAAUAUGUUUCAAUGUCUUGAAGAUCCUUAUCAUGAAUUAGAAGGUCAACGAGAUUGGCUCUAUUAUGUACCUGAAUUUGGUGGUAUAUAUUGUCCUAAUGUAAGUAUUUUUCGUGGUUCGGAAUCUAAUGGAUAUCCAUUUUUUCCGGAUGGUUUGGUAUAUAUUUUUUUGAU